UAAAGGAUUAAAAAGUUACAAUGCAGUGCAUUAAAUCUUUAAUUUCAAAUAUACGGCAGUACCAAGUAUCUCCCAUUCUUUAUAAGCGAGUAAUAUCCGUUGCAAAGUGGAAAACCCCUAUAAGAUUUUAUACUGUACAAGAUGACGACUCAGAUAUAAUAAAUGAUUUAUGUAAAGGAGACGCAGAUUUAGAAAAACGACUUAAAAUUUUGAUGUUGGAAGUGGAAGUGAUGCGUCAAGAUGGUCGUCCAGCACCAAGCAUACUACGAAAACAUCACUGGGAACAUUUACUGACUCUUGCAAGUAGGAACCAAAGGUCUGGCUAUCUAGUAUAUCUAUGGAAAACACAAAUGUCAAAAGAAAAUGAGAAGGCAAAGAAAGAAGCAAGAAGAAGAGAAAUGGCUUUAAAAACUGAUGAAGUGGAAGAGAAGGAGUUUCCAGAUGACCUCAUGUAUGGAAUCAAACAUCAAACUUUGUUUCUGCGAAUUCGUGACCAGUCAAUUAACCAGUUUGACAAUUAUAGAGCACUUCAAGCAAUGAUGUGGGGUCAACCAAUUGUUAUAGAUUGCUCUUAUGAACAGAACAUGGUGUGGAGGGAAGCUGUUAAUGCAGCCAAACAAAUGACAUUAGUGUUUGGCGAUAACAGAAUACAUAAGGAGCCAUUCAACAUUCACAUGUGCAAUGUAGACUUAGAGGGCCACUUUAUGAAACAAUUACGUAAAAAUAUUCCAUCAUUAGAAGAGCCAUGGUUUCCUUUAAAUAUUCACACUAAGAGUUACUUGGAUAUUUUUCCAAAGCAAAAACUGGUUUAUCUGACACCACACUGCAGGGAAGAACUGACAACAUUCGAUCAUGAUACCGUUUAUAUUAUUGGUUGCAUGGUUGAUAAGAUAAACACCGAACCACUUUCACUAGCCAGAGCAAAACGAGAUGGAUUGAAAAUGGCGAAAUUACCUUUGGACAGGUAUAUGGAGUGGGCGCCCGGUGCAAAUAAAAGUUUGAACAUAAAUCAUAUGGUUCCGAUUCUAUUAGAUUUAAAGGUAUCAGGUGACUGGGAUCAUGCAUUACGUCAUAUACCAAGAAGAAAGCUCAUGGAAACCAAAAUAAUGGCUAUGCAAAAGAGGAUUGGAAAUAGUCCACUAGCCAAAGAAGAAAUAUUUAAAAAUUUCAAUAUGAUCAGAAACAAUAGAAUACAGUCGUUUAGAAAUAACCGGGUGAAAUCUAAACAAUCUUUGUUGUGUGAUGAUGAUAGUAUAUAAAAAUAAA